AUGACGGUUCUUGCAAUUCUCGCUCGGUUUUGUGCCAUCGUUGCAUGCCAAGCCUAUCCAAAAAAGGGAUAUGGAGGUGACUAUGACGAUGGCUAUAAAGGUGACUAUGACGAUGGCUAUGGAGGUGGCUAUAAAGGUGGCUAUGUAGGAGGCUAUAAAGGUGGUUAUGACGAUGGCUAUGCAGGCGGCGAUGACGGCUACGAUGGCAGAAAAUAUAAUGAAUAUAACAAAGGGUACGGAGGAAGGUAUGGCGGCGGCUACGGCGGAGGCUACAGAGGUGGCAUGGACGGUUAA